ACUUGUGCCGUCACUGGUGUAUAUGUCAAAUUCAAAAUAUAAUUAUUCUGAUUAUUUAGUAUUUACUUGUAAACAUCUGUAAUUUUGUGAAUAUGAAGACACUUCUAAUAAUUUUUGUUCUAAUUUCCUGCUGGAAUGAAAUUUUCGCGAUAUGGUGCUAUCAGUGCACACCAGCUACCCCGGGAUGUAUGGAACCCUUUAACUGGCGAGGAAUUGGUUAUUUAGGCAGCCUAUGUCCAGAUCGGGAAGAUAUUUGUGUUAAACUUAUUGAAAGAAAAGGAGCUCAGGAAGUUAUUACAAGAGAUUGCCUUAGCAAUUUUAAAGCUAUCAGAAAAGAUAUACCUGCAGAUACAUAUGAGGGCUGCCGGCCGGCUGUACCAGAUGUAACAUUAGCCCAUUAUGUUAAUAAUUCUAUAAAACAAAUAGAUAUCAAAAGAGAUUGGUAUGAUGAAACAACUUGGUGCUUUUGUUUCUUGGAUCACCGAUGCAAUAGUGCUGCAUUGAAUAGAUGGUCCAUGACGGCAGUGGCCUUGACAAUUCUAUGUAUAAUCAAAACAUGGUUCUGAUAUCCAUCCACACAACAUUUUGAUAAUUCUAAUCUUGGUUACAACAUUUUGAGAGUAAAUUACUAUCAAUGACACUUUAAGUAAAGAGUUCUAUAUUAACUAACAAUUUGAAACAAUGAAUGUAGUUUUUGCAAUGUACAAUAAUUUUUUAUGUAGUUUUUUGUAGCAUUGUAAUUGCAAUACAGAUAAAUAGUUGACAGAUUGCGUAAAAUUUUGCUAACAUUAGCUAUUUUUUGAGUACAUGUCAUAUUUAUUGGUACAUGAGAGUAAUUUUUAUAUAGCUCAAACUAGGCUGUUUAUAUUGAAAUUAAUUUCGCUUAAUUUUAUAGUUCUUAUGCUAAACGGGUUUUGUCAAGUUGUAGCUACAUUAAUAGUUGUGUAAGUUAGCCAUUUUCAUGUCUGACCAUUAUCAAAUAUACUAUUGAAGUUUUUAAUUUAAACCGGUCUAGUAUAAGUUUGAGGGAUGGCCUUAUGCAAUACUGAUAAUAUAUAAUUUGGUUUAUCAUGUUUAUUUCCAUAUAUCAAUCAAAAUUUACCCAAAAUAAUUAUUUUAUUAAAAAAAAAAUACAUACCGGAUGAAAUAAACAUGGUUUAAAUUCUAAAAAAACAGAAAUAUUGUUUCUCAUGUAAUGAUAGAGUAAUAUUUUGGAAUAUAUUUUUAAAAUAAUCUUGUAAUAUUUACAUUAUUUUCUAUGACUGUUACAGACUAACAUAUAAUUAGAAAAUAUUUAGUGGUAAGUUCAUGCUAGUUCUUAGUGAUUUCAAUAUUCCGUCCAUUUAAUGUAAGCUAUGUUUUUUACUAUUUCAGUACAAAGAAAUAAAUCGUAAUUGAUAUACAA